GGGUGUAAUAAUGGUUGUCUAUUUCAGUAGUCCCAAAUUUUGGCAAAUUUUACUGUAAACCAGAUAAAUCUAUGUUUAAAACGCGUUUAUUACUGACCAAUAGUUUAGUAGACCGCUGUCGUUAGGAACGGUAACCGGUAGUUCUUUGAGCGGAGCAAACGACAAAAUUUUAAUAAUAAUUGAUAUCAUACUUUGAGGUUAAGCAAAAUGUUGAAUACGAUUUAAUUAUUUCUAAAAUGGAAAAGAAAAAGGAAAAAAUAGAAGUUGAUCCAGAGUAUAUAGCAACUAGUAAUGCAUUAAAAAUCAAAGAACUUAAAGACCAACAAGAAAAUAAAUUGAGUGCUGAAAAGUUUAUCCAAAUUUUAAAUGAAAUAUUUGACGAGGAAUUAUCGACAAGAGAAAAACAAUUAGAAGAGGUACAAGAAAAGAUAUUUAAGGCACAGAAAUUACUACAUAUAGUGCGUUAUGUCUUAAUAACAUCUUAUUACAAGAAGAGCAAUUUAGAAGUACCUCCGGAUGAAGAAGUUAUCACUCCAGGAUUUGAUAAACAAAACAGAAUCCAUCCGGCCGUUAGAAAAUUACUGGGAAAUAACCCAAGUUUAGAUAUUUUCUGUGCUGGGAAAGGCAAACGUAGAGUUGCUUCCAAAAACUGUGAUAAAAGUGGUCCUAAAGAUGUACCAUCUGAAGUUAAAAAACCUAAAUUAGAUAUAAAAUCUGAAGUUCCGAAUCCACAAGCUAGUGAUCAAAUUAUAUUAAAAAAUAGAAAGAAGACGAGGCAUAGAUUAAUAAUUGGUAAUGUUUCAAAAUGGGUACCUUCUCUAGAGGAUAACACUACCCAUAAAUGGAUGAUGUAUGUAAGAGGAGAGAAAGACAAUCCUGAUAUAUCACAUAUUGUGGAUAAAGUGAUUUUUCAUUUACAUCCAUCUUAUAAACCUCAUGAUGUCAUUGAAGUUCGAGAAUCUCCAUUUCAUCUUUCUAGACGAGGCUGGGGUGAAUUUCCACUAAGAGUCCAAAUAUUCUUCAAAUGUCCACUUAAUAAACCAGUUAGUAUUGUGCAUAAUCUUAAACUAGAAAAAACAUUCACGGGGCGCCAAACAUUAGGUAAUGAAACUUUGGUAGAUGUAUAUUUACAUGAUAAUAGUUUAGUACAAAAACCGGCUACUAUUACAAAACCUCCAGAAGAAAUGAUUAACAACAAUCUUAACAAUUCAUUUAAUAGUAUAUUUCAAAAUUUUGAUACACAGGUACAGGAGAAAACUGAAUUUGAUUCAGACUAUACUCCUUUAGAUCAAACGUUAAUCGAAUGUGAACCGCCGAAUGAAGAUUAUAUUCUUGUUAAAUCUGAAGUUCCUGAUCAAACAACAACAAAUGUGGAUUUAAUAUCCACUAGAUCUGAUUCAGCUUAUGGAUGCUCUGAUACAGCCUCUAUGAGCUUCGAACAUGAUUACUGUGAUGUGAUAGAAGAGCAAUUUGUAGAUAAUGAGAUAGAAAUGAAAGUUAGUCGACUGUACAAUGCUUUUCUCGAACAUUCCUACUCUAUUGUUAGCAAAACAGAAGAUUCAGAUAAUGAGAUAGUAAACCAACAUACUGUCACAAGCCAUAAUGUAAAUAUUAACGGAGAAAUCGGAAACAAAUUAAUAUUUGGUUUGGGAGAUAAUUAUCUGAAAGAAUCUAUUCCUACUGUUCAUAAUGUGGUUCCUAAAAAUUUGUUACUACGUCCAACGGAAGCCUCGCGAGUAUUUUUAAUGAAUAACACUGUAAAUGAAAAACAAAUUUUGAGGUUAAAGUUUGGUAUUUUAUUGCCGCAAAAUCGAUUUAAAAAUAUUGGGGAAGCUAUGCCAUAUCUUCUUAAAAGAUUUCCCCUAUGGAAUGAUAAAGUGAAAAAUAGUAAUUUUAAAUCUUUAUACCCCUACAUAGCAUCUUCACAAGAGGAAUUUGAAAAGUGGCCUUUUAGUAAAAAAUUGAAUUCUGAGUGGAAUCGAGCUAAAGAAAUUAAAUCUAUUUUAACUGAAAGAUUUCCAUCUUUAAAAAAGUGGAGUACACGAGCCAUUUUUAUGUAUGCUCGAUCUCAUAAGUUUUCACCUGUGAUUAGUUCCAGUAAUUUUUUUAAAAACAAAUCGGAAGAUUUGUGCCUGAUUAAUAAGUGCUUUUCGGAAGUAGAAAAAGGAGCAGUCAAUGUUAAUAAACAAUUUCAAAUAGAUGUUAAUGUCGACAUCGAAUCAGAUGGAGAUAAAUCUACGUCUGUUCGGAAAAAAACCUAUAUUGACAUAUCUGACAAUUCUCUUAAGGACCAAUGUGCAUUCGUUAAAGAAACCGCCUUAGAUUGUGGAGUGAUGUUGAGAUCUGAAGAAAUUUCAGAUGGUGUGAUUAUGAAUGGUGCAGAAAGAAUGAUGCUAGAGGCUGUGAAAUGUUUGGCGGAAGGUUUAAUUAGGAGAGCCCACCAUUAUUUAGUCUGUAAGAAAGAUUAUAGGGAAGGGUUCAGUGAAGUUACCUCAAAUGAAAUUGAACUUGGAAUGAAAGAACGGUCUGAAAUUCAAUCAAUAAAAGAAUUUCAAAUUAAGAAACGUGAAAUAGAUUUUUUUUCGUGAAUAUCCAAGACUGUAAUUUUAAAGUAUAAUUUUUAUUUAUCUACUUUAAUUAUGUAUUUAUUUGUAUUUUUAUUGUUUUCUUUUACAUAUUAAAUUUUUAUUCCAGUUUAUUAUUUCAAAAUUACCACAUUCUUAUAGCAGACUAAGAAAACGAUUCUUGUGCCUGCUUUUUACAUAAAAAAAUAUUGAUAAAAACCUUGUUUCACAACACACUCCAAACAUGGCUGUAGUAGCAGAAUAAUACGGUUCUCGCCCCAAAAAGAGUAUAAUUGUUGGAAAAAUUAACAAAAAAGUUGUGUUUUGAAAAAUUUUUUAUUUAACCAGUAUUAGUAAAUAAACUAUUUACAAACUUAGCCUACCUCUAUUUCAGAAUAAUUAUAAAAUAUUUGCACAGAUGAUCAUUCCAGUUAGAUAGUGAAUUUUACAUCCAUAAUGAAUAAUUUACUAGCAAUAAAAUUAACUUAUACAAGUAUUUGAGGUUAACUCUCGAAAAGUAGGCUGUUUGGAACUACAAAAAUAUUUGGGAUAACAGGAAAAAUAUUCUGUUUGGGUAACAAUUUGAAUAUCGAAGGAAAUAUUUUCCUGUGUGGUCAUUUUGAACGGAAAAAUAUCGUUUUCAUAAAAAAAUUAUUCCGGGAACACGUUAUGAUUAUCGACAUUCUAAUUAUCUUCAAUUAAAAAAAUUUCAAUGAUACAGUUUCCAAAAAUCGAAAUAUUAAUUUUCUCAUUAGUAAUGAUUAUCAUGACACAUAAAGCAGAGAAAAUAUUAGAAUAGGAUUGGAUAUUAUUAUUCAACAUUUCUUUAUAAAAUUGAGUUCUAUCAAAAUCUUCUGUCAUGAACAUUAAUGUGAGCCGAUAGUAAAAAGGUUUUCAAAUUAUUCUUGACGAAUUAAAUUUCACAUAAUUCCAAAUAGACCAGGGUCGAUAGUUUUGGAAAUGAAAGAAAAGAAUAAUAAGGUGAAAUCCAUUGAAAAAGGAGUUUUUAAGGGUAAAAAACGAUUUAUAUCUAGUUAAAUGGCAAAGUUAUGGGUUAAAAAAAUCUACAAUCCUUGUAUUCACACUUUUUUCACAUAAUCUCAAAAUCUAUGUGAAAAAUUCAAAAAAAAACAAUUUGAUCUUUUGAAAAAAAUAUUACAUAUAUAAAUAAAAUAUUUUUCACGAAAUUUGGUGAAAAUCUACCUUUUCAUGUCUCAAAUUUCAUUGGAAUUUAUCUAUUUUCAAUGUUAUUUUAACUUAAUAAUGAAAAAGCACAUACAUUUUCAAACGAAAAUUCAACCGUCAAAAUAUCAUCUUUUUUUAAUAAGUCUGUGAGGUUUUUAUUCGUUGACAUCUCUACUUUAUGUUGGUAUGAAAAAAUAUUACUACUAUCAUGGUUUUUUCAGAAAAAGCAGAAAAACAACGAAAAAAGUCUCAUCCGAAAUUUUUAUUUUUAAUUAUUUAUUGAAAUUUUACACUCAAAAUACAUUAAAUUUUAAUAAACAUUUAAAAAUUGUAUAUAAUGAUUAAAGAAAAUUUUCGGACGAGUUUUUUGCCUUUUCUGAGAAAAUUUACCGUCAGUAAUUAGGAUUGUUAUAGUUUGUGCUUUUAUAAUGAAAGACUGCCAUUUAGGGAAUCCUCAUUUCGGUUUAUAAUAUAUAUGGUAUGAUAUAUAAUAAUAAAUUUUCCGUUUUCACCAAAAGUUCAUUCAAUUUCCUAGAAAUUUGUUUAAUUCUGUUUAAUAUAAUUAUGUAUGAUAAAUAAAGAAAAUGAUAAUGAAUAAAAA